GUGGCCUCCUCAAUCUUAUUAGUAUAAAAUGGGUACUUGUAUACGUGCCUUGCAUAUGUAAGUGUUCCAAGUGUUGUAUAAAAAAUUGCUACGUAGCAACCAAAAUAACUAUAUAUAUGCAGAUUGCAUAUAUAGCUGGAGUUGUCUAAUCUUAUCUUGUUGAUUCCUUUCUCUAUUUUCAUUGUUUUGUGCGUGUCCUCUUUUCCAUAAGAUUUUCAAAGAACACAACAUAAUCACCACCAUUUACAUUAUAGUAACAACCUACAGAAGAAGGAUCGACCAAAAUGAUUCGAAGAACAGUGAACUUUCCGAGUUUAAGGAAAUUGCUUCUUCGUCCUAGUUAUCUGUCUUCGUCCAAGAUAGGGGCUUACAAUGGCUAUGCAUCUCAGCCCUCCCCUCUUCCAAUUCCAGACCCAACUUACAGCGAUGAUGAUGAGUACGCAAAUGUGGAUUGGGACAGCCUUGGGUUUGGACUCAUGCCAACCGAUUUCAUGUACGUUACAAAAUGUAGUGCUGGCCAAAAUUUUGGACAUGGACAACUUAAUCGGUAUGGCAACAUAGAACUUAGCCCAUCAGCAGGGGUCCUAAAUUAUGGCCAGGGAUUAUUCGAAGGCACGAAAGCAUACAGAAAGGAAAAUGGGCAGCUGCUGCUAUUCCGUCCAGAAGAAAAUGCUAUUCGCAUGAAGAUUGGUGCUGAAAGAAUGUGCAUGACAGCACCUUCCAUUGAUCAAUUUGUUGAUGCCUUGAAGCAAACUGCUCUAGCAAAUAAGCGUUGGGUUCCUCCACCGGGCAAAGGAUCGUUGUAUCUUAGGCCACUGCUCUUAGGAAGUGGUCCGGUUCUUGGUUUGGCUCCAGCACCUGAAUACACAUUCCUCAUAUAUGCUUCCCCUGUUCGCAACUAUUUCAAGGAAGGUUCUGCGCCACUUAAUUUGUACGUGGAAGAGGAUUUUGACCGUGCUUCGCAACGCGGGACUGGAAGCGUUAAAACCAUUUCCAAUUAUGCACCGGUCUUGAUGGCACAAAAUAGAGCCAAGAGCAGAGGAUUUUCGGAUGUGUUAUACCUUGAUUCAAACAGUAAGAAAAAUCUGGAGGAGGUCUCUUCUUGUAACAUUUUUAUUGCCAAGGGCAAAACCAUUUCAACGCCUGCUAUCAGUGGAACCAUACUUUCCGGAAUCACAAGAAAAAGUGUCAUUGAAAUUGGCAGUGAUUUGGGUUAUCAGGUGGAAGAGCGCGUUGUUGCUGUGGAUGAAUUGACUGAGGCAGAUGAAGUUUUCUGUACAGGAACUGCCGUUGGUGUUGCUCCUGUAGGGAGCAUCACAUACCAGAAUAAAAGGGUGGACUAUAAAACAGGUUCUGGAACAAUUUGUCAAGAGCUGUGCAAGACCAUUUUAGGAAUACAAACAGGUAGUAUUGAAGAUAAGAAGGGAUGGAUUGUUGAAUUUGAUUAAGUGUGUACAUAGAUUAAAUUAUUUUGGCAUUGAAAUGGCAUCAAAGAAAUAUAAGUUUGUAAGAUAAGUUGUUCUUAACAUGCUACGUACCCUAUGUGAAAAAUGGUCAAAAUAACUUUGUGGUCUCUACACAUAUUGUGUACAUAUAUUAGAGUGACACCAAGGGGCUGUAUUUUAAUUCUUGUGUUUGGGUUUGGUGUACAUAUUUCUAAUUGUGUGACUGCAUGCAUUAUGUUAUGUGAUUGGAUGGAAACUCAA